UCAGCAAGCAGCAGCAGUUGCAUGCCUGAGUGUGGCGACAGCGGCAUGGGCAGCCACUUUGAGAUGACACCACCAAACAUGUCAAGCUCACAGGUUCCUGCCUUGCCUCUCGACACCAGCCAACCGUUGCUAAGGAGCUCCACCCCGAUACCAAAGGAGCUCAACAUAACUGUUGAGUCUGAAUACCCACGUGAUCCGCAUGACACGACAUUUCAGCUCUCCAGUGACUCAGAAAGCACAGACUCUGACGAGUUUGAGAACGAGGAGCCGUUCAGGUUGCAGCAUAAAUCCCAUACUCGUAAAACGUGUGCUGCAGAUGAGAGGCUAUUUAUCGUAGCAGAAUCUUGUUUAAGAGAGCUGCUAUCAGUGUGUCCUUCAUGCCAGCGAGAUGAUGUUGAAGCUGAUAUAACUCUCAAGGGCACCUGUGUAAGAGCAAAGAUGACAUGCGGUUGCCAAAAAGAAAGGCUGUGGUACAGCCAGCCAUGGGUGGGCAAUAGGCCACUGGGGAAUGUUUUGCUGUGCUGCGGGAUACUUUUCUCUGGUACAAACAUUGCCAAAGCCCUCCGAAUGCUGAAAAUUAUGGGAGUCCCAGCACUCAGGAGGUCCCAGUUCUACAAAACGCAGCAAUGUUAUUUGUUUCCUGCAGUAAACAAUGUAUACGAGACGAAGCAGCAACAACUGCUGGAGGAGCUGCGCCCAGUGCCUCUAACACUUGCUGGUGAUGGGAGGUGUGAUUCUCCGGGUCACACGGCUCUCUAUGGCACGUAUACAUUACUGGAGACCACUGCCAAUCGCAUUGUACACUUCGAGUUAGUCAAGGUCACAGAGGUGACAAGCAGCAACGCCAUGGAGAAGCAUGGGCUACAAAGGUGUCUUGCAUUUCUCGAGGUGCAUGACAUGGUAGUAGACAUGCUUGUCACGGAUCGGCACACAGGCAUCAAAGCCAUGAUGAGAGACUUGUGCCCCACAUUAAGCAUCGAUUUGAUGUGUGGCAUGUUGUCAAAGGUGAAAUCACAGUGA